CCUGUCUCUCUCUCCCUGGUGUCUUAGUUCCAUGCGAUGGUGGUGUCAUGUCGUUCUGGGUCUGUGGACGCUGUUUUGGGACUGAACCGGUCUCAGCACCUAGCUCUGCUCACAAAGAGACUUUACCACUGUCUGUCUGACCACAGCCUUUUACAGCUCAGAGGAUCCAUGCUGGCCUUGACCCUCAUCACCCUGGAGCUGGAGACCUGCUGUCCUGACUGGCUGCUCCUGACCAUGGACCUGCUGAGGAGGGCACAGAUCAACAGCUCUGAGUUGAUCCGGAGUCGGGAGUUUGUGGCUCGUCGUCUGUCCAGUCUGAGAGUUUCUCUGCCUCCAAACACCGUCUACAUCUACCGUCCUCUGCAGGCGCCGCUCGCUGCUGCCUCACCGGGGACCAUCAUCACCUCCACCAGCUCCUCCUCCUCCUCCUCUGCUCCACCACAAACACCUACAGGAGCAGCGGAGGAGGAGAAGGAGGCAGGACUUCCACCACAGAGCUCCUCCUCUUCCUCCUUGUCCACAGACAGCAGCCUCCCAGUACUGCUCUCUCCACACAACGACGUCCACCAUCGUAACCGGCUGAAGGUCGUGCUGCGCUGCAAGGCCUCGGCCAAACGCAAGGUGGAGGACAUGGAAGUGGAUGACUUCUACGACGGCAUCAAGCGCCUCUACAACGAAGACGUCACCGCCACUCUCACUGUCCAGGAGGGGGCGAUUCCAGUAACAGGUGUACUGUUGUCACGACAGGAAGGAAGCUCCUCCCCCUGCCCACCUCUGCAGGAAGUCGGUGCCUCUUAACGACCACACAGGAAGCCGUUAGCAAAAAAAAAACAUCUCAACCGCUGCUGUCGUCCGUUUCUCUGUCGCGUAAGAAAUCGUUCAGUUUAUAUUGCGUUUCAUUUACACUGGAACUCGGAGGUUAUUUUCGCGUUCAAACAGCGCGACGUCACGUACGACUGAAUUACUGUAAAUUAUAUGCGAACGCUGUGUACGAUACAAGUCGCUGCCACAUUAAGAUUGUCGAGGUCACUCCGAGUUCCGAGUACAAAUGGAACGCGACAUUAGCAGUGACGAACUCCUUGAUAAAGUCGGAGAAAAAGAAUAGUUUCCGAACUUAAAUUUAGCAUUUUAAAAAAGCAAUACAGAGGCAGCUUUUGAGAAAACGACGACAACAGUGGCGUUUGAGAUGUUUUUUAGUUUCUGCACUGUAAACACAAUCACGUGACCUGACGUCGUCUCCUGCAGCAGGAAAACAGAGCCCCAAAAAAAACACAAAAACCUGCUGCUGCUACGACUCUGAACAAUAAUAAUAAUAAUAAAGAUGAUAAUUAGCACAAAAAAGGUCUAAAAAAAUUUAUAAAAUAUUGAGUAGAAAAAUUUGCCUUCCAAAAAAAACCUAAACUAACAUAGAACGACGUGACCGCGGUGUGUGUGUGUGUGUUUGUUUGUCAUCUUAUAUUUGUUGUUUUUUAACAUAUUUAUGUUUUUAAUCACUGAUGCACGUUUUUCUGUACGAUCUAAAUCAAACGUAUGAAUGUUACCACCACGACGAUCUGUAGUUUCUUUGCCCUGAUUGAAAAAAAAUGUGUUUAUUUGAAAUAAAAGUGCACUUUUGAUUGUUGUUUAGUUUGUAGACGCUUGUGAUCUUAAAGCUGGGACAGACGACUUUUACUUUAAAUUUUUGUCGCGUAAAUGUGUUAACGUGGAAUUGUUUUUUUUUUACGUUGUUUGAUUCACUUGUGUUUAGUUUGUUUUAUGCAAGUGUUUUUUGCUUAAAGCUAAUAAUUAACAACAGUGCGACCAAAACAGCUUAAUUCCAGUGAUUUAAAUGCAUUUUUUGUGUUUGAGCAAUUUGGCUUUUAACACGAUUUACACUGCGAAAGAUUUGUGUUUAGUUUUUCUGGUGUGACACAAAUUUAGCAGUUUUCGGUGAGUAUAUUUUAAACAAUUAGAAAAAAAUGUGUAAUAUGAUAGAACCAUUAAAGAAAAUUGCGACUUAGGAAACUAUUGCAUUUUUAACGCAGUGGUUCUAUCGCGACAAAACUAAACUCUCUUUUUACUAGGAAUGAACAACGUGGAUAAAAUAUGUAAAUGUGAUAUUUUUAAACCAAGCUCCUGUUUACAGUGUAAAUAAUUUGAAAUAACUAUAUGAACUAUGAACUAAUAAUAAAUAUGAACACUGUAAAAAACAGGAUGAGAAGUGUUUGUAACAUUUAGGGAUUUCUGUAAUUGCUAGAAACAGCAAACAAAUGACAAUUGCGAUGAAUUGUUCAGCUCUGGUCUUACGUAGAAGUCGUCUGUCGCCUCUUUAACAAAACACGUGACUAAUAGAGUUACUGUUACAGCCUCUCAGUGGGCAGGGUUAACCUUUGUUGUUGGCUCCGCCCACUCGGCACCUCUCCUAGGAAUCCGCAGAGACUCGUCUUACAGAGUCUUGUGUUGCCAUGACGACAGUCAAACCCAGAACCCGUCCUCCUGUGAAGAACCGGGUUAAACAUUUCGUGGACUUCUAAAAACUCUGAAUUUAAACAUUAAUCAAAGAGACAGAAAUGUGUGGGUUUUUAUGUUUGUUUGUUUUUGAGUUGUCAGCGCAAAAACUCUGAUGUUUAAAACAACAAAAAAAAGAUAAAAAGGACUCUGUAUUUCUCUAAGUUCUGUUUUAAUAAGAUAUUUUUAUUCCUGUCACAAAAAGCUCUGUUGUUCCUGCUGCAGCGGCGGCUGCUGGUUAAUGAACGGCUGCAGGUCCCUGAACGCACCACGAUCAAUAAAUAAAUGAAUAAAGAGAAAACCAGUGAAAACUGA